CACAGAUACAUCUAUAUGUUGUAUCGAAAAUACUGAGUUCAGUUGAAUAUAAGCUCCAUCUGUCUCCAGAUAUAUCUAACUAAAUUUGCUUCUAUACCUGUAUUCCAUAUGCCAUAUGGGCUGGCAAUGCUGUGUGACCAUGUGAGUCAUCUUAGUAUUAUCUGAAACCAGUCCCAGUCUAUUGCUUUCUUGUUUCACAACAAAAACCAAGUCAUCUUAUUUUUCUAUGCUUGCUAAAAACUUGUUAGUAUAUGCCAAGUUAAACAAGUAUCCAGCAUUAGUGAUACCACCUAAGUUAUUAGUAUAUUCCAAGUUAAACAAUUAUUUAGCUUAGUGAUAUGAUACCAAUCUUGGCGUGAAUCACUAAAAUGCAAAAGCAGAUAAGUUUUUGAUUAACAUUGUGUUUCAUUAACAUUUUGCUUCCACCAAGCAAAUUAUCAAGAAUAAUUUAGUCAUGGAAACAAGUACUGUUAAGGUUCUAGGUUCACAUCCAAGUUCCUUUGUAAAUCGAGUUUUAAUUGCCCUCAAUGUUAAGUCUGUGGACUAUGAACUUUUUCAAGAAGACAUGUCCAAUAAAAGUGAGCUUCUCCUUAAAUCAAACCCUGUUCAUAAGAAAAUCCCAGUCCUUUUCCAUGGUGACAAUCCUAUUUGUGAGUCCUUAAUCAUUGUCCAAUAUAUCGAUGAGACAUGGACUAAUGGGCCCUCCAUUCUUCCUUCUGAUCCCCAUGACCGUGCCAUCGCCAGGUUUUGGGCUACCUACAUAGAUGACAAGGUAUUGGUUUCAACACAAAGCUUUCUGGUUAAUUUCAUGUAUGAUCACUUGGUUACCUUUGAUGUCAGAGCUUGGGAAAGCACAAGGAGGGAAGCAAAAUCAGAAGUACAAGAGAAACUAAUAGAAGCACUUCUACCUUUAGAAGAGGCAUUUGUUAAGUGUAGCAAAGGGAAAUCUUUUUUUGGUGGAUACAAUAUUGGUUACGUAGACAUUGCUUUGGGAUGCAUUUUGGGUUAUAUAAAGGCAAUAAAAAUUAUGUUUGGAGUAGAUAUUUUUGAUGUAACAAAGACCCCUGGUUUGGUUAAUUGGGCUGAUAGGUUCUUGGAAGACAAAGCUGUUAAGGAUGUCAUUUUGAAGCCAGAGGAACUUGUUGAGAUACUCAAGGUAUAUUUGGCCAAAAGACAAGUUGCUAAUGCAAAUUAAG